AUGGAUAGUGAAAAUAGUGUACAGCAAAGCAAAAGCAACGAAAGAAAGCCGCAAUUCUUCAACAAUAGUAUUGGGCUUACAAAUGAUCUCCCGCCGUAUGAGCUGUAUGAGCUGACGGGAGGUGACGAUUUUGUCCCCAAAAAUUUAAAAAAAUUAUUAUAUUAAUUUUAUUCUAUUGAUUAUUUUUUUCAUUUAUAAAUUAAGAUUAAAUAGCCCACGAUUCUCUUCCGAAAGAAAGUAAAGACCAGCUUGAAGAUUAUGAAAGUCUCCACUCAGACUUUCUCCAAAACGGCCCAUCCCAGCUAAGUUCUUUGCUUUUGAGAAGGAUAAUUCAAAAUCCAAAAAUUCCAUGCGAAUUUAGAUCCCAAACUCUGUUUCGUCUGAUUCUUGACGCUUGUCAAGUAUUAGCGUUAAAUGAGGUCGAAAUAUCAGUUUGGGCAAUUUUUCUCGACAAAUGCGUAUGAACUGACAACACAGCCAAGCUGGACUACGUCUUGUAUUAUUCAGCAUUAUCAGCGAAAAGCUACACAAAUUCAGAUGUCACUCCUUAUUUAAAGUACUUGUCGUCGAAGAUGAGCAAUUUUUACAACAAUUAUAUGCAGUGAACCCAAAGAAACAGAAACUGCCUGGAGGUUACAGAUCGAGAGCUGAAUUGUAUUUAUAAAAAACUUUUUUUUUAUUUUUUUUUUAAAAAAAUAUAUAUAUUAAUAUAUAAAGAUUUUUCAUAAAAAACCUAUAAAAAACUCACAGCUCCACAAGAUGAAAGCCUGGUCGACUACAACUUUUAUGUCGAUGACAUUUUACAAAUGGCUCCUCCUUACAUGUCAGAUCCUCGUGAUAGUGCAAUUUCCAGAGAUUUUUCUCGAGACGCAGAAGAUACAACAUUAGCGACUUCAAUAAAUUACCCCAAAAAUAAAAAGCUGACUUUUUCAGAUGCCAGCUGAAUACCUAACUACGAUUUUGAGACCCCUUCAAUUACCCCGGCGACCAGCACCUCAAGCAUAGAUUCUCAUCAGAAUUCCAUUUUGUCCCCAAUGAUCUUAGAAAGAAUUGAUGUGAUUUGUUCAGAAUUCCUGAACUGUGAAGUCCCAAAAAUAAAUGUGUGUCCAUCCAGCAGAAGCCAAAAUCCGCUUUUAAGCAGUUUAGCUAACUUAUAA